AUGCCUACCGUAACCUACAUCUCCCAGGCCACAAUAACUAACUUUGGGCCGCUGACAACAACCCAUACGGCACCAGCAUCAUGUGCCACUGAACCAAAUCACCUUUACUUUGCUGCGGAGACCGACAAACCUGAAUAUCUCUGGGCUUACCCUACCUGCACGAUGCAGCUGUACGGGAAAUGCAUACCAUCCGGAGAUCAGUAUGAUCACCUUAUCACAGCAACAUAUGCAAAGACAUUUGAUAUUGGCUUUUACCAUUACUACUCACCAGGUCUAUACUGCCCCUCCAACUGGACAACCGUGGGGAAAUACGUGAAAGGAACGGGUAGCGCUGCGCAGAUAUCCGGGGCUCUUACCAAGACAGAAUCAGAACCCGUGCCGCAGAGGUGGGAGCUAGGCCGGCCAUUCCAUGCAGAUCCGUCAAGUGUCUGGAAUGAGGCAUUGGACCCUUCGGAGACACUAGCCGUUUGCUGUCCAAGCGAGUACACACUCGACUUUAAUGGAAACUGCUACUCGGUACUUGGUGACGCAUCUUCAUAUGGAUAUUCAGAGAUCUGCGGUUUCGUUAUACCAACAACCGCGGUACCCUUGACAAGCACCAUAAGUGGCCGUACUGUCCAUAAGUUUACAGGACCUGUUCCUGUGGCAACAUUCACAAGGGAUAUGCAAACAGGGGAAUUGAAGGGAGGUAGCCUUGUUGUAUCAAGAGUUCCAGCAGUGGCGCUUAUUCAUCAGGAAGCGGAUUUCACCAAAGCUAGUGGAGACGAUGAUACUAAAGAGAACUCAGGAAACAGGAUGGGUGAGCGCAGUUGUGCCAUGCUCCUGUUAACAAUGGCAGUCAUGACAACACUUGCGAUAUCUGGGCUGUAG